AAUUUAAAUUUAACCAACCUAACCUAAUUUCUUUUUGGCCGCUUCUUGUAUUUGUUUUUGUUUACAUUUUCCAUUAUAAUUUGUAUUAAUUUUAGAGUGUUUUUCGCCUAAUUAUUAAUAAUGCCGUAUAAAGAGCAUUUCCUAUACAAUGACAAAAUUAUAAUACCGAUAGUUCAAAGAAACGAUCACACAGAAGAUAGGCACCUGAAUAUAAGUAUUUUGGAAGUUGCUGAUAAAUUGCAAAUUAAAAUAAGGGAUUUGACCGAUUAUUCCUUCAACUAUAGCGACACUGUCGGUCUUGCUGAUUUCGAAUUGAUACGAUGCGCCCAAUCACUGGAUAUUAACUUUUCAGAGUUCAAAGCGAAUAUUAUCGAUAUGCUACACCAAUAUCAGAAAAAGGAAAUGUAUUUGAAAUGUCAAAUAUCUGAUAACAAGUGCACUUUAGUGUUUUACAUGAAAUCCAAAAUAAAAAACAUGGUGUAUUUAACUUUGGAUUUACAAAAGACAAAUGAGACUGAAAUUAUAGCUGAAAUACAUGCGGAAAAACAAGAAGCACAGGAAUUGAUAAGAAAACUUGAGAAACAACUGGGCAAAACCAAAAAACUUGUAGAAGAAAAAGAUUUCGAAAUACAAGACAUUGAAAAAGCAAGAAAACUAAUGUUGGAACAAUUUUGCAAGAAUCUCCGCUACAUUGAAUCAUGGAGCACAUCGAAACUAGUCCAAAUCCAAAACCAAGUUCUAACAAAAAUAACAGCACUCAGCAAAAAAAUCAACAUUCUUCAAACAAAUAUUGAAAUUUUGAAACAAGAAAACAACUUAAAAGCCGUUUCAAGUGACCGACUAAUGAAAACAAUGGAAAACCUUAGAGUAGAAAACAUGGAAUCUAAUAGACUCAACGAGAAGUUGAAAAAAGAAAAUGGGGCUUUGAAUAUUUUAAGGUGUAGCUUGGAAAGAAAUGUUGCCGAUAUGAAAAAAACAGUGGACGAACUUCAGAGUGUUAAUAGGAAUAUGGAGAGGAAACAGAUUGAAUUGGAGAAAGAUUUAGGCAAACUAAGCAUUAUAGUGACUCAAAAAGAAAGCAAAAUAAAUGAACUUUCUAAGGAUGUGGUGCAAGCUAACAAUAUGCUUGUGCAAUUUAAUAGUUGUUUUGAUGAAAAAGCUCAACAGUUAAAUGAACUACAAAAAUCUAUAGUAUCAAGAGACCGAAUAAUCAAUGAACAAAAAUUGCAAAAUAAUCAAGUUUUAAUUGCCUUUGAGGAAUACAAACGAGAAUUCAGUGCGGAAAGGUUUGGAGCAUUAGAAAAGGAUUUGUUGAUGUCUAGGAGAAAAAUUGAUGAACUUGAAGAGGAAAUGAGGAAAAUAAACAAAAUAAACGCCUUAUUGACGCACAAAAUUGGCCAGGGAUGUUUCGGUAUGAAUAUGAAAUGACUCAUUUAACCGCAAAUUAAUGAGAUGCAAUUACAAUAUUAUUAAAAAGGUUUUUUUUUAAUUGAUUUCUGUAAACUAUUUGAGAUUUAUCUGUUUUUUAUUUAUGAGGUUUCAAAGAGAAAUAAAAUUUUUAUUUUGUUAUAUAAUUUUAUACAUAUUAUACAGGAUGAUUCAAAAGUAAGCGGCAUCCUUUCGGAGGCGUAUUCCUUGUAUAAAAAUAAGACAAAAAGUUCCUAUUAGCAUGAGUUCGGAAAUGCCUCCUAAGGGAGCUACACCCCUUCAAAUAGGACACCUGGAAGACAUGUUUUUCUGUAUAACUUUGAAACCCUUCACAAAUGGAUUUUGAAAAUUGG